AUGAAGCGAAAAGAGUUGUUGUCUGUCUGUGAAAACCUUAUCAAGUCGUUUGACCCCGCUCUAACCACAGUUGAUGAUCAUGCCACCGAAAAGCUUCAAAAUUUGUCCUCACCAAGCGAUCAUGAGUUUCUUCAGCAGGUUCUCUACGGCUCAUAUCGUUAUCGAGAAAUCCUUCGCCCGAUGUUAGCGAUCUUUCUUGACACCCAUUCGAGUCAAGUGAGUCGAGCGGACUACACGAAAUUCCUUAUUAUAGGAUAUUUAGCUCUGUUUCGUCUAGAGGAGCUUGGUGCCACUGCAUUCGCAAAGUUGGUACUAGCACUUCAACCAGCAAGUAUGCACACAUUCCUUUCGUAUUUAUUUGAUCCUAAUGAGCUUCGUGGUACGUUGCAAACUCAAUGGACUCGUGUUCUUGAUGCUGACUUUAUUGAGACACAUAUCAUCGACAAGAUGCUGAGUUUCCGACCAACGAUUGACAAGUUAUUAAGUCAACUUCACGCCAAAGCAUUUGGCGGAGCUUCUUCUACUGGGAGUAGCAAGUCAAGCGCCAGUUCUUUUAUCUGUAAAUCUUCAAGAAAGCAACUGACGGUGCCGGUGGCACCCAACAUUACUCAGCCAAAGCCUCGAAAAGGACCGGAACCAAUUCAAAUUUCUCAGGAGGUCAAGGCAAAUCCAAUGCCUGCGUUUCUCAACAGUCUUUCACUGGCAGAGCUACAAGCUCAACAAGAGGCUCGAAAGAUGCGAAUUAAAGCUGAUGUCGCGAGCAAGUACAAUUCAUUCGACGAAUUUCAGCUUGCGACUGCUACUCGAGGUAGUAAUCUUGAAGCAGUGCGGGCGGAAGUCGAACGCGAACGUGAAGCAGCUUUGCGGUUCGAUUUCAAAGCCAAACCUGUUCCACAUGCAAAUACAUCAAGCAAUCCUAUCGAAGUGAAGCUUACAGCGGCUGCUAUCCUACGCGAAGAUGCCGUACAUCAACGCAAGAAAGAGCGUGAAGUUGCUUUGAUUCGGGCGUACGAGUCGGAACUACGUGAUCCGCUCGAAUUUUAUCGCUGGCAAGCAAACAUGCAGCAGCAGGACGAAUCAAAUUGGCGUCAGGAAGUGGAGACGCGGCGUUUAGAGAUGGUUCAGGCCCAAUAUGAUGCGAUCGAAGCUGCGCGCCAAGCUAAAGCCGACAAUCGUGAAGUAGCACGAAGCAUGAAACAAGAUGCAAAACAACGAGCUGCCGAGCGGGACAAGGAGGAGCUUGAGCUGAUUGAAAAGUAUCAACAUUUGACAGAAGAAGCGAAAAGAAUACGGGAGACCGCCCCUCGAGAAGCCGAGGCUCAAGUUCGGGGCGAAAAUGCACGACAACGCGAUGCACUGCAGGAAUUUCUAACAGGUGAACGCGAACGCAAAGCAGAAGAAGAUGCCAAAGAGCGAGCUGCCCGUGAAGACUUAAUUCGACAAAUUCGAGCUCUUGAUCGUGUACAUCGCGAGCAUGUAGCAAUGUUUGACCCUACUGUGACCGCUCAGUUGGGACUUCUGCAAGAAAUGUCCUUGGUAGAACUUCGGGAACGUCUUCGAUUACGUCGUGAUGAGCAAAAACGGUGGGAAGACACUCGACGUGAAGCAAUCCUUGCGGACAAACAGGAAAAAGAGGCUGAUUUGCUUGAAAAGGCCACCAACGCUGCGCGUCGACGUCGAGCUACUGCAAGUGCGAAUGCUGCAGCCCGUAGCAAAAAAAAAGCACAAGCUGUAGCACGGGAGAUGGAAGAACAAGCUCUUCGUCGAAAAAACACUCUUGAGCUUGCAGAGAAAUUGAAGCGUCAGCGUGAAGAGCGUGCUCUGCAGACGGAAAAACUUCGUUUGGAAUGUGAGGAAUUAGCUGCACGUCAACGAUUUCUUGGUGCAGCAAAAUAUAUGCUCGAAGAAAAGCAUUUUUAUCAGCUGGAGUGUGGAUUCGAACGGCAGGCAAAAAAGCGGCAAGAAAAACAUCAGAUGGAGUUUGCUACUGUGGAGAUAGUCCGCGAUAAAGAGUACAGUAUGAGAAAAGAGUUUCGAGAGCGCUUGAGACGUGCUAGACGAGACGAAGACAAGGCAAGGACGAGCGUAUACUUACGAGAUAAGGAGGAUGCACGACGGCGCGACCAACACGAAGAUGAAACUCUGCGAGCUCUUGUAUGUCAUGAACACCAACGCGUUGCACAGGCUCGUGGCACUUUGCAAAAACGCAAUAUAUACGCAACAAGUCAUUCUACACGCUUUUCAAAGGCCAAAAUUCAGCCUGAAGUUCCAGAAAAAAAAGUUAGCAGGAACCAAGAGCUAGAACGACAACAAUUAACGACGUAG